AUGAAUGAGGCGCACAGCGGCCUGCUCGCCCUCCUCUCCCCCACCACCCCCACCACCCCCACCACGCCCAGCACGCCCAGCACGCCCAGCCCCAGCCCAAGUCCGAGUAGUGUGUUCUGGGGAAGCAGCAGGGCGAGAGCGCCUGGGCUGGCGGGUGAGGGGAAGAGCAGUGGCGCGGUUGUGCAGGGCAGAGAAGGACCGCACGCAGGUGGGGGUGAUGCGCCCAUGGCAGCACCAUCGCUGGCACGCGCUGCUGGGGCAGUGGCAGCAGGGCGUGCUGACGGGGAUGGCAGUGGGGCAGGGGUGGGCGGCAAGGAGAUAUUUGUGGUGUCAGAUGGCACGGCGUGGGCGGCAGACAGGGCGGUGGAGGCGGCAGUGGGACUGCUGGACUGCGGGCUGGCGGGCGGCCGAUGCUUCGUGCACACCAGACUUUACUCGCAGGUGACAGACACGGCGUCUCUCCUGGCCAUCAUCCACACGGCAGCAGCAAGCGGUGCACUCCUCGUGCACACACUCGCCGACCGCGCUCUGCGCCGCACCGUCACGCAGGCAGCAGCAGCGCUGCACGUGGCAGCAGUGGACGUGCUGGGCCCACUGCUGGCUGCUGUGGGGGAGCACAUGGGCGUGGAUGCAGGGGCGGUGGGGCAAGGCGCGGGGAGCAAGCAUAAGGGGGAGCUAGGCGAGGAGUAUUUCCGGCGCAUAGAGGCGGUGGAGUUCACCAUCCGGCAGGACGAUGGCGCCCUGCCUCGGAACCUGGGGCAGGCGGACAUCAUUCUCGUGGGGGUGUCCCGCACUGGCAAGACCCCCCUCUCCAUGCACCUUGCGCACAUGGGCUAUAAGGUGGCGAACGUGCCGCUGGUGCCGGGAGUGGCGCCACCAGCAGAGCUGGUGCAGGCGGACCACGUGGACCAGCGCCGCAUCUUCGCCCUCACCAUCGCCGCUCCCACUCUCGCCUCCAUCCGCCGAGCUCGCUACCAGCGCCUGGCUGUGCUGCAGCAGCCGCCGCACAGGGGCACAGGGAGGGGGAGUGCGGAGCAUGUGAGGGGCGAGCUGGAGGCGGCUGAUGACCUCUUUGCCCUGCACCCCCUGUGGCCCGUCCUUGACGUGACAGGGAGGCCCAUUGAGGAGACAGCGGCACUCAUUCUCCGCAUUUACGACGAGCGCAUCAACCCUCACGCGGUGCCAUACGUUACACGCUGCUACUGA